GGAAUUCAAGAUGAUCAGUUGCAGCGACGAAGGUGCUAAGACGCUUAAAAAUCUCCAUUCCAUCUCUUUCCGCGUGUCAGAGUCCAAGACGGACCACCACCUCGGCUACCCGCGUGGACAAGCAUCUCGCUCUCUCUCCUAGCCUUCGCUCUGUGGAACAGUUUGGACUCGUAACGGCCUCUUUCAUCCCUCCGCCCGCCUUUCCCUCGUUCAACAGUUACCCCCAAGCGCUGCUCCCCACCCCCCCUCUCUCUCUCUCUCUCUCUUGGAGUCGAUGGAUAUCGUGCCGGCUUCCACUCCACCGAACUGAGCAAUCUCUAGACCGCUACUGCGAACAGACGCCAUGAUUUUGCUCUUCCUUUGCUACUUGGCGGGGGCUGUGACGGUUCUGAUCGUCGAGGCUGGGCUUCUUCUCUACGCUUUGGAUCGUCUGUCCAGGAAGCAAAAGCCGGCGUCUCUUGUGCAAGAAGAGACAGAUUCGGUUCCUGAGUUGGCCCCAGACCACUCGGUUGUGUCUCUGCUGACUAAGAAGGGCGUAAUCUGGGUUUUGGAACCAGAAAAGGUUCCGAAGAUUCAUCUUUCUGAAUCUAGUCAACAAAAGAGCAAAAGGGAAGUUUUUGACAUUGCACCUGUUAGACGAUUUGCAAGACUUGAAGGCCAAGCUCUUAUCCUAAGAGAUGCAGAGGGUGGUCAGUCAUCAAUCCAACUUGAUGGUUGCACAGUAGCAGCUGUUUCAGCUAGUAAUCUUCCUACAAGAAAAUGGGCUAAAAGAUAUCCUAUCAAACUGGAAAACAAGAGUUCAAUAGUCUAUAAUGGAAGUGAAAUUUGCUACAUAUAUGUAGAGACUUCUUGGGAAAAGGAGUCCUGGUGCAGAGCACUCCGUCUUGCUUCACGUAUGGACAAAACAAAACUAAGAUGGUAUAUGAAAAUCAGUCAAGAAUUUCGUCAAUAUGUGACAACUUUAAAUGCACAGUAUCCUUUUUUCUCAAAGCCCACUGCUGCAGUGUUCACUGAGCCAGCAGAUAGAUCUCAAAGACUUGAUGGAUCUUCAAGGGUUCGACUUUUUCUGAAAAAGCUAGCGAAGAAGGCAGCAAAAGUUGGCUCUGAAGGCAGGAUGGGAAAUGCUCCAUUCCUAGCCAGUGAAGAGAAAAGGAGCAGUAACAAAUUUGGUGCUACAGAUAUAACACCCUAUGGUGCCUCCAGUAAAGCUUUUUCAGCAGAGAAAAAUAAUGCAAGUUCAUCGCAGAAAGAUCUGACUUUCCCUGUGGGUGUUGAAACUGGAGCCAGUGACCAAGUUUCUAUAUCUUCUGACAUGGAACAAGACUCUGGUCCCUCUUGUAGUUUUGAAGGUUGUCAGGAGAAACCCAGCAUUGAUGAAGGAACUCUUUGUUGGAAUUUGCUUUUCUCAAGAUUAUUUUUUGAUGUUAAAAGAAGUCAGGAAAUUGUUAACUUCAUGCAAGCUCGUAUACAGAAAGCAUUAUCCAACAUCAGGACUCCUUCUUAUGUUGGGGGAGUUACAUGCAGCAAUCUUGAUCUGGGGAAUCUUCCACCUUAUGUUCAUAAUAUGAGGGUUCUUCCUAUGGACAUGAAUGAUGUGUGGACUGUGGAAGUUGAUAUUGAAUAUUCAGGUGGUGCAGUGUUAUAUAUUGAAACUAGACUGGAAGUUGGUGCACCAGAUUUUCAGAAAGGCAUAAUUGGUGCAAGCUUGGAACCAAAUUCAGAGAGAGAUGCAAACACAGACUUGCUUGAGGGUUUGGAAGAACUGGGUGAUCAACUGGGAUUAUCCCAAGAUGCUUCUGAUGGCUUUAAGAAAGGAACUGAGGAUGAUAGCAAAGUUUUUCCUGCUGCAGAUGGGAAAAGUUUUAAGAGUUCUAAUUGGAGAACAGGUUACGUCUCAAGGUUGAAGUCGAGAUUGAGUUCUCUUGCUGAUCAAGUAUCACAGAUGCCGUUAUCUUUAGCAGUCAGGGUUCUGCAGCUUCGGGGAACUGUGCGCAUACACAUAAAACCCCCUCCUUCAGAUCAAAUCUGGAUUGCAUUCACAACCAUGCCCCAAAUAGAAUGGGAUCUAGACUCACAGGUUGGAGACCAUAAAGUUACUAGUGCACAGAUAGCUUUGUUUAUUGGCAAUCGAAUUAAGGCAGCGCUCAAGAAUAGCAUGGUUCUUCCAAACUGUGAGUACAUACGCAUCCCGUGGAUGGUAGCUGAAAAGGAUGACUGGGUUCAAAGAGAUGUUGCGCCAUUUAGUUGGCUUCAUCAGGAAGCCAGUGAUUCUGAAAGAAAUGAUGCUCCUGAUACGCAACUGGAGAGAACUAAAAGUAGGCCGGAACCUAAAAAGGGAAGCAAACGAGGUUCUGGAAGACAUCCCAAAGAUGGUGGUGAUAUGUCAGAUGCUGAUUCUCCGGACUAUCAGUUAGGGAAGUCUAAGAAUAGGCAAGAGUCUGGCAAGGGAAGCACCGAGAGUUUUGUUGGAUACCCUCCUGCAGAUGAUGCUGAAAAGUCGGGAAGCUUAGGUAGCUCACGGACUUCUGAUGCUGACGCUCCAGAUGCGGUUUGCCCACCUUUGCCAACUACAGUGACUUCAUCAAGUACUGAACAGUCACUGCGUGACGAUAUAACUACUGACCUGAAGGUUCCACUCCUAAAGCGUGAAGAUAGCCAAGAUAGCUAUGCCACUGGUAGCAGUAGGCAGGUAGUCUCAGAUGGUUUUGGUGCAGUACCUAUACCAGAGAGAGCAUAUUCAUCAAAUAGCAUGGCAGAGAGUGACAAGUCAAAGAAGUUUGGCCGGCGAGCUAGAAUGUUGGACAUUGGAAAGAAGAUGGGAGAAAAACUAGAGGAGAAAAAGCGCCACUUGGAAGAAAGGGGUAGGCUUAUAGUUGAGAAAAUGAGAGGAAAUGAAAAUUUGAAUUAGCUGCAUUCGCCUCGGAUUGUAUAAUCACAAUUGGAAUGGAUUCGGUAGAUUGAGUUGCCAUUGACCUGCUUCUGUUGAUCAUCCAUUAAUUCUGUUGUAGAUUACCAAUUGUUUGUGGUUCAUUUUUUGUUGACGUGCAGUAAAAUCAUGUAAAGAGAGUUGCUUUCUCUCCCACUGUGCAAAAGUGGAGCAGGGGAAUAAAUAGCAUCAUCCUUUCCUA